GUAGAUUUUUUGUCGUACGGGUUGGUGUCGAAUUUUCCGUGUUCAUAAAAAAAUAUACAAAAAGAUGGCAAAUUUUCUCCUACGCCGUGCGCUGCUAGAUGCAGUCCGCGUUCCCGUUGGCACCCGUGCAAGCAGUGAACUCGCCAAGGUGGGCAAUCGUGAGUGGGUAGGAUUCGGCUUCAACGGACAACCUAACUAUGUAGACAGGCCAGACUUUCCCAUGCCUGCUGUCAGGUUCCGCCCAGAUACACCUGAUAUCAAGGUUUUGCGCGAAAAGGAAAAGGGUGAUUGGCGCAAGUUGACCAUAGAAGAGAAGAAAGCUUUGUACCGCGCGUCCUUCUGCCAGACGUUCGCCGAGUUCCAGGCGCCCACCGGCGAGUGGAAGGGGGUGGUGGGGUGGACGCUGCUCAUCGCAUCGUUCUCCCUAUGGAUAUUUAUGGGAAUGAAACUGUUCGUGUAUCCUGAAAUGCCCGAGUCCCUGAAGGAGGAGAACCAGAAGGCGCAGCUGCGCCGCAUGCUCGACCUGAAGGUGAACCCCAUCGACGGGCUCGCCUCCAAGUGGGACUACGAGAACAACCGCUGGAAGUAAACGUGCCCAUCACCUAUCUAUACUGGUGCUCGGCUACAGCAACGAUCAACAGUUGCUCAUAGAGUAGAAGAAUUAUGUAAUAUAAAUUAAGCGACAUUUCUUAUAUGUAAGAUAAAAUAAAAUGUGAUUCC